AUGUUGAGACGAAGGGACGAUGCGACGAAGGAACGUAUACAGUUUUCUGGGCGUACGAACGACGAAGAAGAUGAUGAGACGAUGUGGCGAUGGAACGAAGACAGUCUUCUCGGCGUAGGGAUGACGGAGAAGAUGAUGAGACGAUGCGACGAUGCGACGAUGCAACGAUGGAAGGAAUACAGUCUUCUGGGCGUUGAGGCGAUGUGGAAUAUGGUUUUGGAUUUCUGGACUGUAGAGAAACGUUUCCAUAUGCCUCUUCAAAUUUGUCUUCUAAAUGUUACAAAAUAUUAUGCAGUAAGCCAACAAUCCAAUUCACAAGAUAUAAAGCAAUUGCAAAUUUCAGAAAAGAAGCCUUCAUCGUCUAUUCCGGGAGGAAGUUUAGAGAAGAAGAUUGUGCCCAUAAAACGACCUGACAAUGGGGGCACACUUGCUUUCAGGAAUACUAGGCUCUUUGCAAACCACUUUCCUGUGAAAUUCAAUCCACAGAGCAUCAUAAUGCACUAUGAUGUGGAUAUCAAACCAAAUAUGCCUCCUGGCAGUCGCGCUGCAAAGAGGCCAAUUUCGAAAUCUGAUCUCCGUUUGAUUACGGACAAACUAUUUUCUGAUGAUCCCACUCGAUUUCCCGAGCUAAUAUCUACUUAUGAUGGCGAGAAGAACAUCUUCAGUGCAGUGCCACUACCCACUGGGACGUUCUAUGUGGAGUUGUCUGGUGGAGAGGACACUGCGCCUCGCUCUUAUAGAUUCACUAUUGAGUUAGUGAAUGAGCUGAAGGUUUCAAAGCUAAACGAUUACUUACGAGGAAUGCUCUCAUAUGUCCCUCGUGAAAUAUUUCAAGGGAUGGAUUUGGUAAUGAAGGAUAAUCCAAGUAGGCAUAUGAACUCUGUUGGUCGAAGUUUUUUCUCCAAGGAAUUUAGACCAAACGAUGACCUUGGCUAUGGCGUUGCAGCUUUCAGAGGCUUUCAACAGAGCCUAAAGGCCACUGCCCAGGGUCUAGCUCUAUGUUUGGACUCUUCGGUGUUGGCAUUGCGCAAGCGAUUGCCUGUCCUAGACUUCCUUAUGGAACAGGGUUUUCAACUAAAUGAUGUGAGAACGUCAAGAAGAGAAGUAAUGCGAGAGGUAAUGCAUGUGUUGAAAGGAUUGAAAGUUCAUGUAACUCACCGUCUGACAAACCAGAAAUACACUAUAGCAGGGUUCAGUGAUCAAAAUACGCGAGAUAUUACAUUCACUCUUGAAGAUCGAGAGGGUGAGAAUCCACCGAGGGAAAUUGGCCUCGUCGAGUAUUUCAGGGAGAAAUAUAACAAGGAACUAAGUUACCAGGACAUGCCUUGUGUGGAUUUGGGCAAAGGUAAUAGAAAAAAUUAUGUGCCUAUGGAAUUCUGUGUUUUGGUGGACGGGCAGAGGUAUCCAAAGGAGCAUUUGGAUAGGGAUCGAGCUCUCUUCUUGAAGCAAAUAUCAUUGCCUCGUCCAAGGGAGAGAAAGGACACUAUCUAUGGGAUGGUGCGAUCUGAGGAUGGUCCUUGUGGCAAAACCUUCCAGUGUGCAAACAUGCAGAACAUUGAUUAUCCUUUCUGGGAAGGCAACAGACCAGACUACUGUGGUCAUCCGGGCUUCCAACGCGCAUAAUCUGACUCUGUUUUUCGGCUGCAGCCAAAUUCUAGUUCUACAACUGGGCAGUUCUGGGCAGUUCAACUGCAGUGUUAAUGGGAUUGAUGACAGAAAUUUUUAUCUGACUAGAAGCACACUAUUCUCCAACAGUACGAUAAGUUGUUUUUCAAGUGUCAUAGUUCCAGUCUUUCAAUCUGUAGCUCAGGCUCUGGAGGGUAAUUCAUCUUCUUCAACAAGUCUAAAGGCAGCUCUUGAUGGUGGUUUUGGGUUGCAGUGGUCUGUA